AUGACGACCGCACCGCCCUCUUACGAAACCAAGCGCAAGACCAAGGUGGUCUACGGACGCGUUGUCUUUCAACAGCGCACGGGUGACUUGACUCUGGGCAAGUCUGGUCUGUCCUUUACGUCGACGGACGAUCAAGACGAUGACGGUAUUUCUCGCCCUCCGCUGGUCCACCGCGUUCGCUGGAACAGUAUCCACAAGCACUUUGCCAACAAGACCAAGCCUCUGAUCAAGAUCAAGACGGUGGAAAAGUUAGGACAAGCGCAGGAUCUCUUGUUUAAACUGUCGAAUCGCGACGAACUGGAGGCAUUCAAAGAGGAUCUCGUAAAGCGAUUGGCUCCUCCCAUUGAACGUCAUUCGCUGAUUGUAGCCAUGGCGGCUCCAGUCGAAGAGGAGGAGGAGUCUGAGUCGCCCUACAUGGAAACCUACGUCAUGACGAAGUCUGUCGAUCGAUCCUCCAAAGAACCCGAGCUCGCCGUUGUCCCGUUUCCGCCAACGGUGGAGAUUGAAGAAGAGGAGGACGUUGAUGACGAGAAGAAGCCCAUGCUCUCCACAAACGCACCAGUCGUUCCAGUUCCAGAGACGGCUCUAAUAGUCAAACGACAGCAGCAAAGGCCACCCAAGAACAUGGCCACGGACAUGACCAUUUGCACCACCACUACCGCAGGAUAUGACGACACGGUCAAUAUGAAUGGCGGCAUCUACGGUACUUCCCGUUACUUGUCCCCCGCCGCGGGGCCACAGCUCAUUGCCGAGGCCGAGUUUGAAGAGUUUGCGCCUUGCUCUUGUGUCUGUUACAAGUUUUGUGUCAAUGACAAACUCCGCAAGCGCACGUACGUGCGUGUCUAUGAGAAUCGCGUGGAAUCCAACAUUCCCUUCAAUCCCUGGUGUUGUUUAUCGGAUGAACGCUGCAUUGUCGAUGCGCCCCGGAUUCUCUUUUUUGACAAGGCACCCAAUCGGGUCGGCAUGUACUGCAGUUUGAUCCCAUGCGUGUGCUGUGGUCCACCCGUCAUUUACAACAAGGUCCCCAAGGCAUGCUGCGGUCUCGUCGAUAUGCGUCCCUGUUAUGGGGAACAAAUCGUGCACUCGCAGUGCGAUUGUUUCCAACUGCGUUCGUGUCUGUGCUGUGGCCCCUUUUGCUAUCAGUGCUUUGCCUGUCCCUUGUUUUUUGUGCCCAUCAAGAACGGAGAAAAUUUCCUCGCCAAUUGGAAGGGAGCCUUGAAUGAGUUCCAGGAUAGGCAUGAUAUUGAUGAAACCCAGAGGGCUACCUUUGUCCAUGUGGAAGACAAGUGUUGCAACACGGAUUCUGGCCGUCCCAUUCAAGCGAUUCAGAUGGAACGGUGUUAG